AUGACUGCUCCGGGACGUGUCGGCCGCUUGGGCCACAUCGUCGGGCCCUCGACCUUGGCCUUCCGAGCUGCCAUGCCCGCCCGCCUGCCAUUGAGGGCUUCCGCUGCUAUCUCGUGCCCACAACCGCUGGUGGCUGCCUCCGGCCUGCGAUGGGCGUCGAAAGGAGGAGGAAAGCUGAAGCAGGUUGUGCGCAAAAAUGAUUGGGUCCAGUAUCCCGAGCUGUUCCCCGUCCGCGAGGACUUUGCGAGCCGCCAUAUCGGCCCUGACAACGCCAGCGUCCAGGAAAUGCUUGGGGUUUUGGAUCCGCCUGUCGAGUCGUUGGACCAGUUCGUCGAGGAGGUCAUUCCGGCCGAUAUCUUGUCGAAGCGCGAGCUCUUCCCGCACAGCCGCGUCAGGUUCUUGUCGACCAAAAAGUACCCUACUCGUCAGGGCCAUCAAGAAUGGGAAAUCAUCAACAUUGCCGAGUCGAUGGCCAAAAGCAACAGGAACGGCAUCAAGGCUCACAUCGGCGCCGGCUACUAUGGCACUCACACCCCCGAGGUCAUCAAGAGAAACGUGCUCGAGAGCCCCGCUUGGUAUACCAGUUACACCCCCUACCAGCCCGAGAUCAGCCAAGGCAGACUGGAAUCGCUUCUCAACUUCCAGACCAUGGUCACCGACCUGACCGGCCUUCCAAUUGCGAAUGCGAGCUUGCUGGACGAGGGAACCGCUGCCGCCGAGGCCAUGACCGUGUCGCUCAAUGCUCUCCCUGCAUCCAGAGUAAAGAGCCCCACCAAGACCUACGUCCUCUCCAACAGGCUUCACCCUCAGACGAGAGCCGUCCUCAGGAGCCGCGCCGAGGGUUUCGGUGUCAACAUCCUCAUUCUGGAUUUCCACGAUCCCCAAUCCGCCGCCAAGCUCGAGGAACUGGGCGACGACUUGCAAGGCGCUCUUCUUAGUGUUGCGACCGAUCUUCUGGCUCUCACCAUGUUGACUCCUCCAGGCGAGUGGGGUGCCGAUAUCGCCUUUGGCAACUCUCAGCGGUUCGGUGUGCCUCUGGGCUUUGGUGGCCCGCAUGCGGCCUUCUUCGCCGUGCAGGAGAAGCACAAGAGGAAGAUGCCCGGUCGUUUGAUUGGUGUUUCCAAGGAUCGUCUCGGUGGUCGCGCAUUGAGGCUGUCCCUGCAGACCAGAGAACAACACAUCCGCAGAGAGAAGGCCACCAGCAACGUUUGCACUGCUCAGGCUCUUUUGGCCAACAUCAGCUCAUUCUACGCCGUCUACCACGGUCCCGAGGGCCUUCGGGCAAUCGCCGAAAGGUGCAACCUGGGUGCCAGGAUUCUUGAGUCUGCGGCCAAGUUCUGCGGCCUGAACCUCUACUCGCCAAAUGCCUCUUGCUCGGCGGUGCCGUUCGAUACGGUCGUCAUCAACCAAGACCAUGUCGGCAAGGUCCUGGUUUAUGCUGCCAGAGAGAGAGGUAUCAACAUUCGUUUCAUUUCCACCGAUUCAGCUGGAAUCAGUGUUGACGAGACCACCACCGAAAACGAUCUCAUUGAGCUCAUUGCCGCAUUCCAAGCUACCGCGAGAAGCCUCAAGAUCCAAGGCAGAGAUGAUGCCCUUGAAGCUAACCCGCAAGUGAUCUUUGAGCACUUCUUGAAGCACCAUAACGAGCAGAUCAAGCAGUCCGGACCGCUGGGCCACCUUCCGGAACCCCUGCGUCGAACUUCGUCUUACCUAACCCACCCUGUUUUCAACACACAUCACUCUGAGACGGAACUCCUUCGGUACAUCCAUCACCUCCAGUCCAAGGACUUGUCGCUGGUGCAUUCCAUGAUUCCCUUGGGCUCCUGCACCAUGAAGCUCAACGCUAGCGCUGAGAUGGCCCUUAUUACGAUUCCCGGCUUCUCCAACCUCCAUCCAUUUGUUCCGCCAGACCAGGCCCAGGGUUACGCAAGGCUCACAAAGGUACUUGAAAACCAGCUGGUUGACAUUACCGGUAUGGAUGCCUGCUCGCUCCAACCCAACUCGGGCGCCCAGGGCGAAUUUGCUGGCUUGCGCGUCAUUCGCAAGUACCUCGAGAGCCGGGCACAAAGCCAACGUGACAUCUGCCUCAUCCCUGUCUCCGCUCACGGUACCAACCCUGCGUCGGCAUCCAUGGCUGGUAUGCGCGUUGUUCCCAUCAAGUGCGACACCAAGACGGGCAACCUUGAUCUUGCCGACUUGGAGGCCAAGUGCAAGCAGUACAAGAACGAGCUUGCUGCCAUGAUGAUCACGUAUCCCAGCACCUUUGGUGUCUUCGAGCCUGCGAUCAAGAAGGUCUGCCAGAUCGUGCACGAAUACGGUGGACAGGUCUACAUGGAUGGCGCGAACAUGAACGCCCAGGUCGGUCUCUGCUCCCCCGGAGAGAUUGGCGCCGACGUCUGCCACUUGAACUUGCACAAGACGUUCUGCAUUCCCCACGGCGGCGGUGGUCCUGGUGUUGGUCCCAUUUGCGUCAAGGGGCACCUUGCCAGCUUCUUGCCCACCACCAAGACCAUGUCGAGUGCCGAGCUCAACUUGCCCGUUAGCAGUGCCAGCUACGGCAGUGCCAGCAUUUUGCCCAUCAGCUGGUCCUAUAACGCUCUCAUGGGCGGUGCUGGUCUCAAGAAGGCUACCCAGGUCACUCUGCUCAACGCCAACUACCUCCUCAGCCGUCUGAAGGACCACUACCCCAUCUUGUACACUAACGAGCACGGCCGUUGCGCCCACGAGUUCAUCAUCGACGCCCGUCCGUUCGAGAAGAGCUCCGGCAUCCAGGCCAUCGACAUCGCUAAGCGUCUGCAGGAUUACGGCUUCCACGCUCCCACCAUGAGCUGGCCCGUCGCCAACACGCUCAUGAUCGAGCCUACCGAAUCCGAGUCCAAGGAGGAGCUCGACCGGUUCGUUGACGCCUUGAUCGCCAUCCGUGAGGAGAUCCGUGAGGUUGAGGAGGGCAAGCAGCCCCGUGAGGGCAACGUCUUGAAGAUGUCUCCUCACCCUAUCUCUGACAUCAUUGGCGGUGAUGGCGAGGCUGGCAACAAGUGGGAUAGACCCUACAGCCGUGAGAAGGCUGCUUACCCGCUGCCGUGGUUGAGGGAGAAGAAGUUCUGGCCUAGCGUUGCCCGUGUUAACGACACUUACGGUGACCUCAACCUCUUCUGCACCUGCCCUCCCGUUGAGGAUACCACUGGUGGCAACCAGUCCUCCAUCCAGGAGCAGUAA